AUGACCUAUCUUCGUAUUCAUCAUUUCUCUGGCGCAAAUUUCAGGCACACGAAUGCUAGCACCGAGUCUUCCGGGGUGUUCCGGGUUCUAGCGCAGUCGUCUGGCAGCAAUUGCACUGACCUGUUGGAUGAGAGUGAUCUGGGUUUGCUGUGGGCCGAUCAGGAGUGGCACUUUGUGGCCAUGUCGUAUGACUACGCACGUGGGUUGGUGAGCGUGUACAUGGACGAUAGACAACAUUACAGCUGCGACGAUCAAGCUAAUGCACCCAUUGUAGACACACUCAAACGAGAGGAUCCGUACGACGACCCGUACAUCAUGGUAGGCAACAGCGACAAGCCAUCGGACACAGCGUACACCACCGCAGCAGUGGACGGCGCCUUCAACGGGUCCAUGGACGACAUCCGCUUCUACACUGUGCCGUUGACUGAGGCGCAGAUCGAUCGGGUGCGCCGCAACUCACCCGCUCAGCCACCCACCGACAUCGCAGACUCGCUGUAUGCGUGGUUCAACUUUGCCACAGGCGCACACACAGGCGAUGUACAACCCGUGCACAACCACGGUAUCCGCAUCACCACAGGCCAGGGCAUCAACGUCUACAAGCCUAGGUUUGUGGUGUCGGAUGCACCUAUCCCUGGGCUUCUGCAGGAGACAACACAGACGGAAACAGAGACAGAGACGGAAUCAGAGACGCAAGAGAACGAGGGAGAGAGUGCAGUGGUCCUUGUGCAGAGACGACAGGCGGUGGAUGAGGGCGCACCCACGGCCAUGCGAGUAGUCAACGGAGGCCAGGGCAUGACCGUAGAGUUUAAAAUCAAGUUCCCGUAUCCAGAGGCCAACUUCCUAUACACUGUAAUAGAGGAACCACACGCCAGCUUAAACGUAACUAAUGCGCCCGAUGCGGGUACGUUUACUGUCACAGCCGACAACGGGACUGCCAGUGAACUGGACACAGUGCUACCUGUACAAGGGCUGGGGACAUCACUCACCUUCACCCCUAACGCCAGUUUCUAUGGCAACCUGUCCUAUACUGUGCGCCUGACGACGGCGUUGCUUAGCGACGGCGCGGGCGGGAACUCGUCUCAGCCAAUCACAUUGCGGAUCGAGAUUGAGCAGGCGGUGCUGCCGCUGCUAGGCAGCGGUGGGCGUGCCAUCCGGUGCGACGGCGUUAAUGACUACAUGUACGCACCUUACUUUGAGUGGCCACUGCAGAACUACACAGACCCAACGGACAACAUCUCUCGCUUUGGGGGGGGGCCUAUCACCAUUGAGGGGUGGAUGUAUCUAUCCUCUGACUCGUCAGCGUAUGGGACGUUGGCGUCGAUUGGAAAAGGUGCCACGCCUUACAGGUCUUAUGCGCAGAAGAUGUUGUACCCUGGGGACACCACCGGACGGCUGGAAUUCAGCAUGCCCACAGGCAGUAAUCGCCAGGUACGUGCUAUCGAUGGGCCUACGAGGCUGUGGCUGCUGCCACGUGACUAA